AUGGCGCAACAGCUUGUUCGCGAACACGACGGAAUCGGAAUCCAGCAGCUCCCACCUGAAAUUAUGGAGUCUCCGGAAAUAAGAUUUCCAGUGAGAGUUUACGACUGGCUGCCACAAUACGAAAACAUAGAUCUGGAGAAACUCAAGAAAAUGACCGCGAUGCGCAAACGGGCGCUUCAAAUCGUUGAAGUGGCACACAAAGAAUGCGUCCACAGCGCUCUCAUCAGAAGACGUCUAGAUAACUGCUUCUUGAGAGACACAGAAGUAGAGUUGAUUGGGCUCGACAAGCAGAUUCCAACAAAAGAAGAUCGAGAAAACGACAUAAUUUCCCACUGGACACUCAGAUUGGCGUAUUGCAGGCAUCCUUUCCUCAGAGACUGGUUCGUCAACAACGAGAUCAAGCUUUUUAAGUACAGAUUUCACGCCUUAUCGGAUAGCUGCAGAGGACAAUUUAUCCAGGAAACAAUGAAAGGAAUAAAAGAAGUGCCGGAUGAGAUGAAAACCAACGAGUUUAUUCAAACGCUUCAAGAGUGCAAUAACAUCCGUCCAAAUAGAUACGGAAGACAGCAACUGUGGGCAUUCAUACGAGAAGCCGGGAUGUCGCUACAGGAAGCACUUGAAUUUACCUUCGAUUCAAUGACCGCUUAUACAGAUCCGAAGGCCGAAUUUGACUAUCAAGUCAAAUAUGCAUACGGAAAAGUUGGACAGCAGAAAAUCACCGCGGCGGCAACAUGCGGCCAAAAGAUAAAUACCAUUAAGACGAUCGGAGAGCAUCAUCACUGUCCAUUUAACAACUUGGCAGACACGUCGCACUUCUUGCCAAAUUGGGGAAUACGAAGAGAAGAAAUGCCCGACAUUGAAUCGCUAGAUGAGUCAGUCGAAAGGAUGGAUACAUCGAAUGUACCAUCAGGCGAGGAACAGCCAGCGACAUUAUGGGACCUCGUUCCAGAAGAAGAAACUGGCUACCAAAUGCGACGGUCGACAAGCGUGCAGAGACGCGCCGAACCCGUUUUUUUCCGAGCUAUGAGAGGUCGAUUAGCUAGAAACCGACGCGGCAGUCGACGCAAUGGCGUUGGCAACGCGAGAACUGAGCAACCGAAUCGACAAGAAUCAGGAAAAUGGAUCUUAAACUCAAACUUUUUAUUGAAUUAA